UCUUUUUUUUUUUUUUUUUCAACCCUAACUUACACAGCAUCGCCACUAGGUGCCAAUUUAUCCUGUUUUGGUACAGGGCACAGGGGCGGUGCAUGUUUUAAUGGGAAGUGCGUGACGACGACUUCUGGAGGCGGAAGUAGUGUGUAGGACGAGGGCGGUAACGCUGGAAGAGAGCGGGAGGCAGGGGUGGAAUGGACAAUCGACACGCUUCUACCAAAAUAUUCUGUGAUUUUCUUGCAACAUUCGCGUAAUUCGCUUUCAAAGAUAACCAUACAGGGUGCCAUAUUAUGACUACUGUUGGUUACUUCGACGCCAUCUAGCAGAAUAACAAAGGAGGAGAACCCGAGCGUUCGUAACAGCAACAUCCGCACCACAACACCAGCAUCUUCGAUCAGACUGACAUUAGUGCACCGUGCAGUCUACGUGACAGAAUCUUCUUUGCCGCCUAGUAGGUUGCAAAAGAAGAUCAAAGAAUUGAAAGCGAAUGCAGAGUGCACUGUUUGUGCGUUUUACUAAAGGCUGCGCGGCCAAGAACGUGGGGACAACUGUCACCGUCUCCUGUCAUCAUAACGACAAGGCUGCAUCUUUAGUUGCAGAACAUUAUUCCAAACUCACCGCCCCCUUAAUAGCAGUUGCACCUGUGCCAAACUUCACAUAAACACAUUUCUUUUAAAAAAGUACUCAGCAGCAAGCAGACCCACCUGAAGAUAAUUUUGCGGUCUUACAAAGGAUGAGUGGGGAGGAGCAAAACCCUGCUGCUGUGCCCGUACCAGUUCAGGAUGUUCAAGGAGACGGACGGUGGAUGUCCCAGCACAAUCGCUUUGUGCAGGAGUGUAAAGAUGCCGAGCCAGAUGUGUUGUUUGUCGGAGACUCUAUGAUUCAACUCAUGCAGCAGUAUGAGGUGUGGCGAGAGCUUUUCUCUCCUCUUCACGCUCUUAACUUUGGAAUCGGAGGGGAUACCACCUGCAACGUCUUUUGGAGACUCCAGAACGGAGAACUAGAGAACAUCAGACCUCGGGUGGUAGUUCUGUGGGUAGGAACCAAUAACCACGAGCACAAUGCAGAACAGGUGGCAGGGGGGAUUCUGACCAUCACUCAGUAUGUACGCUCAUGCCUCCCCAGGUCUAAAGUCGUUGUCCUGGGUCUGCUGCCCCGGGGGGAACGCUCCAACCCUCUGCGGGAGAAGAAUGCGGCGGUGAACAACCUGCUGCGCUCGGCGCUGGACCGCAUGGGGCCCGUCCAGUUCCUGGACAUGAGUGCCGCGUUCCUCCACUCCGACGGAACCGUCUCGGUCAGAGACAUGUUCGACUACCUGCACCUGACUGCCGGCGGCUACAGCACCAUCGCCACACCCCUCCACGAGUUGCUGCUGCAGCUAUUGGAUGACAUACCACAGGAGAGGCGGGCCUCCCUGGUCUGAGGGGUGGGGGAGGAGUGGUUGGCGUGAGAGAGUGUGGCUCUCAUUCAUUCCAAGGGGAGGGGGGGCUAUAACGUAGCAAUGAAAUGAGGGAGAAAGUGUUUGACAACAAACUGGAGAGAGAGAAAGAGUGAGAAGGAGGGCGUAAGGUUGAGAGAGAGUUCUUAAACUAAUAAAAAAAAGAGGGAACUAAAUUCAACUCGGAUUCACACUAACACAGUCAGGUGUCAUUUGAAAGAGAGGAAAACACAAGAGCACACAUGUUAAACAGAAAAAGAGAGAGAGAGGGAGAGGGGGAGGGAGAGGUCUGGAGGAUGCAGUACUCUGCUCUGAUGUAUACAUAACACGCAGAGCAAGCAUUUUUGAGUAAAGCCCCCUGGUGGAUGGUGUGCAGAUACAUUUUAUUCUACCCCAUGAAGGCAAUGUCAAGCACUUAAUAGAGAGCUCUGAUUAGUUGAAAAUGUACAGACAUAAUGUGUAAUAUUUAAGUAACUGGCCUGCUAAUUUUUGUUCAUACAGCUUUUAGUUUGUUUUACUUCACCCUUGCGGACAGCCGAUGUGAAUGCCCUGUUGUAAUUUACUUUCCUCAAAGCCGGUGAAAGAUGUUUACAUUACUUUUUAUUCAAGCCACAUUUUGGUAGAAUGUCAAACCUUGACAUUUACAGUAAAAGUGAGAACAGUCACUUCCAAAUUUGUCUUUCCCCGUCCAGGUUUUCAAGUGCACCGUUUACCGCACUAUCGUGUACACUUAUAGCAUAGUGUCACCUUUGCUGUGCCAGAAAACCUGUGAACUGUAGCCUGGCUCACUCUGCCUGCUGCUCAGUGUGUUUCUUCCAGAAUACCAGAAUCUCUAUGCCUUCUCACAACAGCAGCAGUCAGCCAAAGUAGCUGUGAAGAUCACAACACUAAAAAGGCCUUCACUGAUAGUAUCUCUCUCUCACUCACUCACUCUCUGUUAAAUGCACUCAUUCAAGAUAUACAUGAGACACAAGUGAUGUGAAUUCUUUUGAUUAUCCUCACACAACGAAUGCACUUACUUCACCUCUCUCUCAUAGUCUUUCUCACCUUGUCAGCCUUUCUCUCUGCAACAACUUUUUUGUUUGUUUUUCCUUUUUUUGUCCUUUGUGUAGAGUUAAAAAGUAACGUCUAUCUUGCUUAUCCGACACCUAGGCUGGUCGAACUGGUCACUAUGGUAACACUAUCCCCUUGUGACGUCAUGAUAAAGAUAGCCUGCACACUUGAGUCGAACAGAAUGUGGCCCUGAAAUUAUGUGUCUGUGUGUGUGAGUGAGUGUGUUCGGCCUUAAACUUCACUGAAAUGGAUACUGUAACCUCCAUUGAGCAUCCAAUGCACGACCGCGGUGUCUUAAGCACUUAACUUGCUUCUCACCUGUCCCUGCAUCUCAGUGUGUCUGUUACAGAGUGUGUGUGUGUGUGUGUGUGUGUGUGUGUGUGUGUGUGUGUGUGUGUG